AUGGGCUGGUUCUGGAAUACCAAGACCUCAGACUCGCUUAAUGAUCCCUACAAAAAGCUUGACCCAUCGUUGCGGGACUUCUUGGAGAAGGAGUCGCCAUUGAAAUACGAAGAUACCGAACCGAAACCCAUCACAAGACAACCCACACCCACACCCUCCAUUUCCGCACCACCCUCGAAAGACGCCGCCCCGAAUACGUACAGAUCCCAAUUGUCAGCCUACUCAGGCUCGGAUGCACAUCAUCAACAAGACCUAGCCAUCCAGGAUGGUCAACCAGUUGUUCCCAAAGAAUCGCUGUUUCAGGAUGGUCGAUAUGCGCACAUUUGGAAAGGCUACAGACCCCAAGCAGAUGUCGAGGCUGCCGGUAGAUCAGACGCAGAUCGGCUGGCCGCUGUGGUUGAAGCAUACAACGAUCGCAAAGCGGCGAUUGGGCGAGCAGCCCUGGAGAACUGCGUUGACUACCAAAUCGCGGAGAAAGAAUGCUUCUCAAAUGGCUCUUGGGCGAAGAGGUUCACGAUGUGCAGGGAAGAGAAUAAAGCUUUCAAUCGGUGCUACACUAUGCAAAAUCGAUUUUUGAAGGCCUUGGGUUACCUGGCCUUGCAGCGUACCGCGGAGGAAGAAGAACGGAUACAGAUGCAUGCUGACAAGCUUUAUAACGAGAUGUUGGAGCGAGAAAAAGCUGCGAAGGAGGCAAAGGAGCAGGGGCUCGAAUCCCCUGAGCUCCCUCCGCUCAUCCAGCCAGACACGACCACAAAAGCGCUAGGAGAGGACAGUGCGUGGGCACGAGCACGCCAAAAGGCGCAAGAGGCAGGAACAGGGACGAGUUUCAGCUCCUUCUCUCCAGAGAUGCAGGAGGAGAUCAAGAAACGUAUCCAGGGCCUGUCGAAGGAAGACCGGGAGCUGGAGCUGCAGCUGAUCGCUGCCGAAAGCCGCGCUCAGCAGGAAUAUGUUGAGGAAAUCCAAGAACGGCUGGAGGACGACAAGAGGCACCGAGCUGAGAGGCGAGAUCGAGGCAAAGAAACCGUAGGAGAUACCCUCCGAAGGCUUUGGGAGGGAAAUAAAUAA